UGUUUGUUGAUAUAGUAGCAGGCGCUGCACUUUUAUUUUGAAGGCUAAACCAAUGAACCGGUAGUUAUCGCGACGCUAAACCCGGCGCGGAAAAAUAACAAUAUUCAACUGAAAUAACGUCCAGGCGCUAUUUCGUUGUUGUUUUUAGGCUAACAGGAAGCCUACCUGUUAUUUGUAAUAUGUCUUGUAAUGUCGUAUAGUAAUUCUGUAGUUGUAAUCGUACACGACGGCGACUCCUUGUGGCUGUUCAAUCAAUGAGCUGUAACGUUAGUUAGCGCUGAGCGCCAUUGUCUGUAGCUAGCUAAGUUACUAUAGUCGGUCCUGCUUAGUCUUGGCAGAAAACAUCAGGGUUGCAGACAUGCCAAAUCUAAAGCUGAUAUCUGCGACCGACACACAGUAUUCAGCAGCUGUGCUGAAGUCAAUGAAUGAGCAGCGAAAUCAUGGAUUAUUUUGCGACGUCACCAUUAUCAUACAGGACAAGAAAUUCAGAGCUCACAAAACAGUCCUGUCUGCCUCGAGUACAUAUUUCCAUCAGCUCUUCAGUGUCGCUGGACAAGUGAUUGAGUUAAACUUUAUCAGAGCAGAAAUCUUUGAGGAGAUUCUCAAUUACAUUUACAGCUCCAAGAUUGUGCGUGUCCGCUCCGACAUGCUUGAGGAGCUCAUAAAUGCUGGACAGAUACUGGGAGUCAAGUUCAUUGCAAACUUGGGGUCACCAUUAUCACAAGUUAAGGGUCUGCCUGGUUUGUCCAAGGAGACGGAAAACAAAAGUGACACGCCUCCAGAGAUGAUGCCGAUCAUCACAGAAUCUUUCUCAAUAUCUGCAGAGGAAUUUAAUCAGACAAGCGCACCAGCAGGUAAUGAUGAGGACUCAGACAGUGAUGUUAUGUUUGUCUCACAAACAGAUGCUCGAACCAGAGCAGCCAAUCAGCAAACCAACUCUGGUGAGGUCAUUGAUUUGGAUUCAGGUGAUUCAGAAAAGGUAGCGUCAAAGCAAAAUGAAGAAUCAAAUCAUGCAGUUGCAAAACAUACAGAGAAAGCCAGAACCCCCUUGAAAACAUACGCUGCAAAGCCUCCCAGCAUCAGUUGUCCAAACCCCAGUUUGCCCAACAGCAGUCCUCUGCGCAGUCCAGACAGCAGCUCGUCUUCCCCUGCCAGAGUUUCCUCAGGAAGUGCUCCCACAACACCAGCCAGGUCAAGCAGUUUCACCCCUGAGCCCUCGAGUGCCUCUCAGUCCUCUGAAAACAGCGAUAUAUUGGGAGUCCACAAGAAACAAGUCUCUACUUCAUCGCAGCAAGGGGAUUUCAAAAUAAGGCUCAUAGAUGUGUCUGAAGGCCCAGUAAAUCAAACCAACACCCCCAAGUCAGCUAUAGUAGCAAAAAAGACUGUGACACUCAAUACAGCCACAGAGAUUGAUUCAAUUUCAUCAGGCUGUAAAGUGUAUGCCAAUAUUGGAGAAAAUACUUAUGACAUUGUCCCAGUGAAGGAAGAUCCAGGUGAAGGAGGCUCUAAAGCCAAUAAAGGGAAGAGAUCAUUAAUGGCAACGCCUUUGAAAACCUUUGAUAAAGCACCCACGUCACCGAAGGCCAGCCCAAACAAGAAGAGGACCAAAACAGAACUUGAGGAUCACUACGAGCUAAUCAUGGAUGGGAAGACUUUCUACGUGUGCAUCGUCUGCAAGCGCCCCUACGUGUGUCUGACGAGUCUCCGCCGUCACUUCAACACCCACUCGUGGGAAAAGAAGUACCCGUGUCGCUACUGUAACAAGGUCUUUGCUCUGGCGGAGUACAGAACUAAACAUGAAAUACACCACACAGGAGAGAGGAGAUACCAGUGCUUGUUGUGCAAUGAGACGUUCAUGAACUACCAGGUACUGUCCACCCACUGCAAGCAAGUCCACAACCAGGACCCCAGCGGGAGGAAAGAGAAAGAUGACGCCGACAACAACUUGUACCGGCUGCUGCCAUGUAAAACAGUGCAGAUGAAGUCGUACUCAUGGAGUACUGACGGGCCGGGGGUCCCCGUCAUAUCUGAGGACGGCAGCGUGCAUCACAUAACCGCUGUCGGUGAAGAUGUCCGCUCUUCCACCCAGAGUAGGAUGUUGAACUGGGACGACAUCUUUGUCGAGCCCGAUGCUCACAUACCACCUGAUGCUCAUGCCCGACCAGGGUCAACCAUGAACACUCCUCCACAGGGAGCUACAGAGUUUGACUUUGUUAUACCAGAGACCUACUGAGCAACACUCGCUGCUCUGUUAUCUGUGCCUUUUAGGUGCCCCCCACCCUUUUUUCCUCUUUGGUUCCAUGUCAACAAUAUUCUUCUGUAAUUCUCAAUAGUAUCAGCUCAAGUAUGGUCACAUUAGUCUUUCCAUUUUAACCAGAUUUGUAGUGUAAUAUUGUACUAAACACGUCCAGCCAGUGCCAGCUGGGGAUUGCACCAAAACAGGAAACGAAUGCUUGAAUUUGUCAGUCGUGCCGUCUUCAAUUGAACUGUAAGGGAGACAGAGCGGAUAGCUGCAGGAUGGAAUUGUAAUGCGACCACACCAUUACUCAUGUUACUCAGCUUGUGCUAAUAGCCUUGAUCUUUUGUAUCAUUGGAAUAAAUGUUAAUCACUUUAGCAAGAAAACAUAGAAGUGGCUCACACACAGUACAAUCUUAAAGUGGUCAUAUUAUGCUUUUUGGCUUUUACCCUAAUAGGUUUGCAAAGUGAAAAGUUCACCCCAAAGGGAGUUACCAUCUCCCACAGAAAACUCUGAUCUGAACUGCCUGAAAACAGCUCGAUUGUAGUCCAGCCUUUACUUCCGUAACGUAUCUUCGUCACUAUGUCACACGUGUACCAAUUGAGCAGUUUCCACAAGUACACCUAAAUAUGAAAUUAAAAUAACGUUAGAUACCCUCCAGGCAGUCAAUAAAGUUGGUACUGUGAUGUUGCGACAGUGCACAGCUAAAACGUUACGUAUGAAAGACAAAUUUGUUACAAAUUAAUAACUUACCACUCUGAAAUGUCUCGCUCCAGUCUCGGUUCUGAAGCUAGUUCGGUUUGUUCUGCCUGUGUUUCGGUAUCAGACUCUGCUGAACCGAAGCCAUAGUUCUGAAGCGGCUUUGUUUUGGACCACACUACCCGCCCUACUCUGCUUCUGAUUGGCUAGUAGUCCUUACCUAGGUACUGCACAUGUGCAACUCCCAACAAAGAUCGAAUAGAGGUGAGAUACCUCACUCAGUAACUAAAACAGAGCGUUCAAGACACGGUGAUAACAGGUGCUGCAGCAAUGUGCAGUAUGAGUAAAAAUAUGGUAUUUUUUCUAAACUAUGUCAAUCUAUUCUGGUACAACCCCAAAAUAAAAUUAUGAACCUGAAAUGAGCAUAAUAUGACUGCUUUAAAGAAAAUAAUUAGUUUAUAUGAAUGAAAUCAAAAACUUCCCCACAAAAAUGGGGAGGGGGGGGACAUAAAUCAAUAGCUGCAAUAAAAAGACAAAAAAAUCAUUUAUGUUAAGUUUUCACUGUAUGAGGCUAUUAAGUUAUAACUGUUGCAGACUGAUGUUGAUGCCUAAUUUCCUUUUGGUCUUGUGCCUCAAAUUCUGUAUCAGCCACAAGAUUUCAUUUUUAGCAGUGGUUUUUAACCUUUAGGCCAUGUUGCAUAAAUCAAUUAACGACAAUAGGUCAAGGCAAGUUUUGUAUAUUUUUAUAGCACAUUUCAACAACAAGGCAGUUCAAAGUGCUUUACAUAAAACAGAAAAGCAACAUAGGGCAAUACUGAAAGACAUUUAAAUACACGACACAAUUAAGGAGCAAACUGAGCUCCAUUUCAUGAAAUAGAAAUGGUGUUACCUAUUUAAGAAUGUCAAUCCUCAGCUGAUGGUUUUGUGUUUAACCAGGUGACCUUUUUUUCUUUGGUCAGGAUAAAUGAAUGCAUUUGUGGUUUCAGCAGAUUUGUGUAAAAUACAGGAUGUGCCCCGUAAAGGAAAUAAAUCAAGGUUGCUCAAAUUUUGAGUCCGUCAUCAACGGAUGCGUCUAUCAUGAAUCUCAAGUCUGAUUUUGAGGAUCAGGUGGAAAUUUGAACAGAUACGAGGAGUUUCUGGACUGAUCGUUCCUGGUUUCCAUUUGAGACUCUCUUAAACGUAAUUCUGUUCAAGAGAAUGUUAAUUAUGAUCUGAAAUAUAUUUUUUCAUUAUGUGGUUGUUAUUGGUGAUCCCACAUGUGGGUAUUGUGGCAGGGAAGAUAUAUGAUGGUUAUUUAAUUUUUCAGUUGGUGGAAAAACAAUUAUGACUAAUUUUUUUGUCCAUUAAACACCUGUUUUAUUUUGAUACACCUGUACAUUUUUAUUUCCUAUGAUAGCCAUGUUAUUUCUUAUAUGAAGUGUUAUUUUAAUGCCAAAAUCUGUCAGCUACAUAGUGUAGGCUAGAGAUUUUGCAUACAAAUGUGAUGAUGGGAUUAUUACAUAUAGCACUUAGCGUUGGAUCAGGCAGAAUACUUUUUGUAAUAUUUUUAUCUUUUCACUCUGUUUUUUCCAUUGUGUCAAAAUGUAGUGAUUUGUCAGUAUGAGUAAAAAAAAGUAGUGCUAACAUGGGAAUCUAUUCUGUCAUUCAAUAAGUCAUGCAGGUUUUGUUUUUUAAUUAACAGAUUAACAUUGAUGUGUGAUGUACAGUGUAUAUUUGUGUUAAUCCCAAUUUAAAUUUUUUUUACUGUUUCAGAUGUAUUUAUUAGGUUUAUAGCAGUGGAAAAAAUGAAAUAGUUAUUAAAUACUUGGUUCUGUUGGCAUUGUACAAAAUGUCCCUUUUCUGUCAAUUAGCAAUGAGGGUUCCCUGAUGGUAAAUAAAUUAUUCUUUUACUAUUUUAA